AUGAAUGCCAUAUAUAACCAUGCCGUGAAGCAGAAGAACCAAUUGCAACAGGACAUUGCUAAAUUUGAGAAGGAUCAUUUGACAGCUCCGAUUUCAUUACAAGGUUCUGUAUCUGCGACUUUAGUCGCCUUUGAGAAAAGUAUCAGCCAGUACAAGGAUCGAUUGAACCAGUUCAAGAUCGACACCAAAAAUUCAACUACAGAUCCAGGAAAUGAAGAAAUUAUAGCAAAAGGUGAAAGCAGACUGGCGUCAUUGUCCCAGGAACAUAAAGAAUUCGCAGCUAAAUUUAAGGAGUUAAAACAAAAAUAUAACGAAUCCAAUGCAAGAACCCAGUUAUUUUCCUCUUCUUCCACUAGUGAAAACCCUUUCAGUACAGAGAAUAGCAAUAUGAAUAAACGUAACAUCGGAGGUCCUCAGAACUCAGCCUUGCCAAUGACUAAUGAUGACCAUUAUGACGACAAAGGAAUGUCAAAAUUUGAUGGCUUGAUGAAAGAACAAAGUAUCUUCCAAAGAGGUAAUGCCCAACUAGAUAUGAUUUUAGAAAUGGGUCAACAAUCUCUGGAAGAUAUAAUGGAACAAAAUCAAAUUUUACAGAAAGUUCAGGAUCAAAUGACAAGCGGUUUAAGAACUUUAGGUGUAUCGGAUGAAACAAUCACAAAUAUUAAUAGAAGAGUGUUCAAAGAUAAAUUGAUCUUUUGGAUAGCACUUGCAUUGAUGUUCAUAGGUAUGUACUUGGUUUUAAGAUGGUUGAGAUAG